AGACGCCGGGACACCUGUGCGAGGGGCAGGCGGCGGGCAGGGCAGGCAGGGACUAGGCGCAGGUCCCUGGCUGCUCACUACCUGCUUCCCGCUUCUCCCCCCGUAGCCAGGUGCAUAGCCCUGGGAGGGUCCUGGCGACAUGAUGCCAGGCGCCGGGUUCUGCAGUUGCUGGGGUGGCCGGGUGCUGCCCCUGCUGCUGGCCUAUGUCUGCUACCUGCUGCUCGGGGCCACCGUCUUCCAGCUGCUAGAGAAGCAGGCGGAGGCUCAGUCCAGGGACCAGUUCCAGUUAGAGAAGCUGCGCUUCCUGGAGAACUACACCUGCCUGGACCAGUGGGCCCUGGAGCAGUUUGUGCAGGUCAUCAUGGAAGCCUGGGUGAAAGGCGUGAACCCUAAAGGCAACUCCACCAACCCCAGCAACUGGGACUUCGGCAGCAGCUUCUUCUUUGCAGGCACGGUCGUCACCACUAUAGGAUAUGGAAACCUGGCCCCCAGCACAGAUGCAGGUCAGAUCUUCUGUGUCUUCUACGCCCUGGUGGGCAUCCCGCUCAACGUGAUCUUCCUCAACCACCUAGGCACAGGGCUACGCGCCCACCUGGCCACCCUCGAGAGGUGGGAGGACCAGCCCAGGCGCUCCCAGCUACUGCAGGUCCUGGGCCUGGCUCUGUUCCUGACCCUGGGGACGCUGGUCAUCCUCAUCUUCCCGCCCAUGGUCUUCAGCCACGUGGAGGGCUGGAGCUUCAGCGAGGGAUUCUACUUUGCCUUCAUCACGCUCAGCACCAUUGGCUUUGGGGACUAUGUCGUUGGCACGGACCCCAGCAAGCAUUACCUCUCAGUGUACCGGAGCCUGGCAGCCAUCUGGAUCCUCCUGGGCCUGGCGUGGCUCGCGCUGAUCCUCCCACUGGGUCCCCUGCUCCUACACAGGGGCUCCCAGCUCUGGCUGCUCAGCAGGGGCCUCAGCCUCAAGGAUGGGGCAGCCCCUCACCCCAGUGCACUCCCCAGACCUCAGAAGAUCCCCAUCUCUGCAUAAGGCCGCUUCCAGACUCCCCAGCCCACUCCACACACCCACUGGAUUUCCUGCCUCCCUCCUCCUCCCCCAAACUGCUCACUCCCCAGCCAGAGCUGGUCUCAGGAACUCUCCCGUGAAAGGAGAUGGUUGUCACCAGAAAGUAACACAGGAGAGGUGCAGAGUCAGGAUCAAGGAUGUACGUGUGGACAGAGACCUGCACCCUCGUUCCCAAGUUCCUGCCUCCUUCCCCUCAAAGACAACUUGCAAAAGUCGGAGCCAAUAUGGGUCAUUGUGGCAAGAUCUUCAUUGCCCUCCACCCAUCCCCCAGGAGACCUCACACAGACAGCAGUUGGCGGGUGGCUUUGGUUUUGCCUCAUACGAUACAUUGGCCAAAGUGUCCAUUGGCCAAGGUCCCACUAUGUACCAGGCUCCGAGGAUACAAUCGUGGAAGUUCUAACUCUUGAUGUUCCUGUUGUCCAGAAGGACCAGGAAAGACCUCCCCAACACAAUGCCUAAAAUGUUAUGAUGGGAGCAGAGCCAGGGGUGAGGAGAGCCCAUGGGAGUAGCUGCCAAGAAGGGGCUGGG